UUAACUCUGUCUUUCAGUUGGAGAGGGUGUGUUUUUGUUGAGAAAUACAGUCGCUUUAACACUGCAGUGAGGGCGGCAGCGGAGAAAGCGAGAAGAACACGACUGGGAAAGAGAUGGCAGCGAUUCGGAAGAAGCUGGUGAUCGUGGGGGAUGGCGCCUGUGGGAAGACCUGCCUGCUGAUCGUUUUCAGUAAGGACCAGUUCCCGGAGGUGUACGUGCCCACAGUGUUCGAGAACUACAUCGCUGACAUCGAGGUGGAUGGCAAGCAGGUGGAGCUCGCUCUCUGGGAUACAGCAGGACAGGAGGACUAUGAUCGGCUCAGACCGCUCUCCUACCCCGACACCGAUGUCAUCCUCAUGUGCUUCUCCAUCGACAGCCCCGACAGUUUAGAGAAUAUCCCGGAGAAGUGGACCCCCGAGGUGAAGCACUUCUGCCCGAACGUGCCGAUCAUCCUGGUGGGGAACAAGAAAGACCUGAGGAACGACGAGCACACUCGGAGGGAUCUGGCCAAGAUGAAACAGGAGCCGGUGAAGCCCGAAGAGGGCCGGGACAUGGCUAACAGAAUCAGUGCCUUCGGGUACCUGGAGUGCUCGGCCAAGACGAAGGACGGAGUUCGAGAGGUGUUCGAGAUGGCCACUCGGGCUGCCCUGCAGGUCCGGAAACGAAGGAGGAGGCAGCCCUGUCUGCUGUUGUGAGAGGACUGCAGCAAGACCUGUCCAUGCUGUGUGUCUCUCUCUCUCUCUCAUGCACACAUUUCACGCCCCCAGAGAAACCAACAAGGCUGUAGCACAGGGUAGUACAGGUUCAUAAUUCUUCUUUCGGGGGCCCUAACAGUCAAUCCUUUUUAUUUCACCGGCACACCUUGCUACUUCUCGUACAAAAAUGCAAAAUAGAAAUACUAACAGUAAUAAUAAAUGCGUCUCUCUUGCAGAGUUUCAUCUCUCUCUCUGUCUCGGCCCCGUGGCACUGUAGUAGUUGGGGGAGGUGGUUUGUAUCCCGUUCUACAUGAAAUAAAAAAAGAUAUUUUUUUUUUUGCAUUCCAUCUUUUCAUCUUUCUCCACGCAGAACAACUUUCCAAAUGGAAGCUGUGCUGCUGGCAGUCCAGAUCUGUGGAGCCCUGUAUCCCCUCACACUGUAACAGGCGUGUAUUUGAUCUGUUUACAAUGAGUCUUCAUGUCAAAUACGUGCCUUUACUUUUGCACACAUCUCUAAACUUUCUUU